CACGUCAGCUAACCUCUGCCCUCUCACAGCUUAAUUGGAAAGACGGCAGGCGGAGGAGAGCUGCAGGUGUUCCACGGUCACAAUUAAACAAAAACAACCUCCCGCCCAUGUGGAAAAAGCCGAACGGCGCUCACAACCACUGAAAAUACAUCAUUAUUUCAACGCUUUGGAUAUUAAAAAGCUCGGUUGCCCAAGAUGAACAGUAGUGGACCAGCGUAUCCCCUCGCCUCUCUGUAUGUGGGGGAUCUGCAUCCUGACGUCACAGAGGCCAUGCUCUACCAGAAAUUCUCUCCUGCUGGACCCAUCAUGUCGAUCCGUGUGUGCCGUGACAUCAUCACCCGCAGAUCUCUGGGAUAUGCCUACAUAAACUUCCAGCAGCCUGCUGAUGCGGAGUGCGCCCUAGAUACAAUGAACUACGAUGUCAUCAAGGGCCGGCCUAUCCGCAUAAUGUGGUCUCAGCGUGACCCUGGACUCAGGAAGUCUGGUGUGGGGAACAUCUUCAUUAAGAACAUGGAUGAGUCUAUUGACAACAAGGCUCUGUAUGACACCUUCUCUGCCUUUGGAAAUAUUUUGUCCUGCAAGGUUGUUUGUGAUGAGAAAGGAUCCAAAGGCUAUGGAUUUGUUCACUUUGAGACUCAAGAGGCUGCAAACCGGGCCAUCAGUACCAUGAAUGGGAUGCUGCUAAAUGAUAGGAAAGUUUUUGUUGGCCACUUCAAGUCCCGCAAGGAAAGAGAGGUGGAGUUUGGCACCAAAGCUAUGAAGUUCACCAACGUUUAUGUCAAAAACUUUGGUGAAGACUACACCGAUGAAAAACUCAAGGAACUCUUCUCUGCAUUUGGGAGGACUCUCAGUGUGCGGGUGAUGAAGGAUGAGAGGGGCCGCUCACGAGGAUUUGGCUUUGUAAACUACGCUAACCACGAGGAUGCUCAGAAGGCAGUGAAUGAAAUGAACGGGAAGGAGCUAAAUGGGAAAAUCAUCUACGCUGGUCGGGCUCAGAAGAGGCUGGAGCGCCAGGGAGAGCUCAAACGCAAGUUCGACCAGAUCAAACAGGACCGCAUCCAGCGCUAUCAGGGGGUGAAUCUGUAUGUGAAGAAUCUGGACGACAGCAUAGAUGACGAGAGACUCCGGAAGGAAUUUGCCCCUUAUGGCACCAUCACCAGUGCCAAGGUCAUGACAGAUGGCUCCCAAAGCAAGGGCUUCGGCUUUGUCUGUUUCUCGUCACCAGAAGAAGCAACAAAAGCAGUGACUGAAAUGAACGGGAGAAUUGUUGCGACCAAGCCGCUGUAUGUGGCUCUGGCUCAGCGGAGGGAGGAGCGGAAAGCGAUCCUGACCAAUAAAUACAUGCAGAGACUCGCUACCUUGAGGACCAUGACAAGUCCAAUCAUUGACUCGUACCAGCAGGCUGGAUACUACAUGACUGUACCACAGCCUCCCACUCGCUCCUUCUACAACCACAAUGCUGUGAGCAACAUGAGACCAGUGCCUCGAUGGACAGGACAACCUCCAAGACUACAGGGCCCCUACUCUAACCAGUUUGUGGGUACCCCUGUUCCCCGACGUGGAUCAGCCCCCAUUGCUACAGUCAGACAGGCCUCCACCCAGGCUCCACGUGUCAUGAGCUCCACACAAAAAACAAAUAACAUUGGCACCCAGACUGUAGGAGGGCGCACUGACGUGCCCAGUAUGACCAGAGGUGGUCAGUACAAGUAUUCAUCUGCAGUGAGAAAUGUCCAACAGGUUGUUACUGUCCCUGCACCCAUGCAAAGGCUACAGGCUGUUCCUGCACCUGUGAUGGAUCCUCCGGCAAAGAUUCAGGCCCAUGAGCCGCUCACUGCCUCGAUGUUGGCUGCAGCUCCACUAAUGGAUCAGAAACAGCUUCUUGGGGAGCGAUUGUACCCAGUGAUUCAUUCCCUUCAUCCACACCUGGCUGGAAAAAUCACUGGGAUGCUGCUGGAGAUCGAUAACUCGGAGCUGCUGCACAUGCUGGAGACGCCCGAGUCCCUGCACUCCAAGGUUGAUGAGGCGAUCGCGGUCCUGCAGGCUCACCAGGCGAAGGAGUGCUCUCCCAAGAAGUGAAGAGCCCUUUCAGAUGUCAACGACUUUCUGGAGGAGGGAAAAGUUUAAAAAAAAAAAAAAAAAAAGUAAAAUUUGGGGGAAAAAAGAAGAGAGAUAUGUAAAUUGACAAAUAAUAGAUAUGUAAGUAAAGUUAAAGCUAUUUUGUUGUUGCAGUACCUUUUGUUAGAAGAUAAAGUUCACAGU